AUGUGGCCAGUGCUAGUGCUCGCGAGCGCCGCCGUGGUCUCCGGGACCACUGCGAGGAACUUCAGUGACAAUGAUCACUUACGACUGCCGCAACUGUUCCACCUCGACAACUUCGAGCGGUGCCUCGCGCGUCCGCAGGGCCUCUACUGCACUGGGACCUUCCGCAUCUCUGCGGACGGGCCCAACCCAUACUAUGACUUUAUCAAGGAGUAUUCAUCGGACGAGCAGCACUUCGACCGCACGCUGAUCCACCGUGGGUACUGCCUGAGCGCAAAUUGUCCCUCACCCGAGCGCAAUGUAUCGCGGCGCUUCGAGCUGUGCGCCGAACGCCGCGCAGUGCCGGGCCUGCGCGCCGCGCUGCAGACAUACUCCUGCCAGACCCCGCGAGAACUGGAGCGGGGAGAGAUGGACACCCCCCAGAAACUGUUCCUCGCGGUGAUGCUCCUCAUCCUACUCUUCAAUAUUAUUGGCACUGCGUAUGAUGUGAUGGCGGGAGGUGAGGGCAAGAACAAAUUGUUGCUGGCGUGGUCGAUGAGGGAGAACUGGCGCAGGCUGGUCGCGCUGCCCGCUGCCGACGACGCCGAGCACGCCGCGCUCGCGCCUCUGGACGGCGUGCGGUCAGUACUCACUACUGCUACAUGUUUUAUAAUAUUUGCUUUAAAGCGUGCCCAUGCGUGGGCUAUAAUGAGUCUUAAACAAGGUACAAAUAUUUGUUCCAGAGUGCUGUUACUGGUGCUGGUGAUGAUGACUCACGCAACACAGAUCUUACACAAAGUCUAUCUCUACAACCCAGAGUUCUUCGAACAGGUGCCGCGGUAUGGCGCGUCGAUGCUGAUGCGCAACGGUGCGUCGCUGGUGCAGGUGUUCUUCGUGCUGUCGUCGUUCCUGCUGGCGCGCGCGGCGCAGCGCCUCCCGCGCACGGUGACGCUGCGCCAGCUGCCGGCCUGCGUGCUGUACCGCGCCGCCAGGCUGGCACCGCUGCACCUGGUGUGCGUGGGGUUCGCGGCGACAUGGUGGAGCGCGAGCGGUGGCGGCCCGCAGUGGCGAGCGCUGGCGGCCGAGGGCGCCGCGUGCCGCCGCAAGCUGUGGGCGCACGCGCUCUUCCUGCAUAACUUCGUGGAGCCCGAUAAUCACUGCCUCUUGCCUACUUGGUUUUUGGCAGUGGAGAUGCAGCUGUUCGUGGUGACGGCGGGCGUGACGCUGUGGCUGCGCGGGCGCGAGGGCGAGGGCGGGGGCGGGGGCGGCGCGACGCGCUGGCUGGUGGCGCUGCUGACGGGCGCGGUGGCGCUCAACGCUGCGCUCGCGCACUACUACGGUUGGAGCUCCUUGCUCUACAUCAUGCUGCCCGAGAAGGUGCGCACGACGUUCGCGGGCGAGGCGUCGUUCAGCCGCUACUACACGGCACCGUGGGGCAGCCUGCCCGCCGCGCUGCUGGGCCUGCUCGCCGCGCGCGCGCACCGCCAUGGGCGGCUCGAGCAGCGCAAGUGGUUCCGUGUGUCGUCGCGCGCGGCGCUGCCGCUGCUGGUGGCGUGCCUGGCGGGCGGGCGCGUGCCGCCGCGCGCCGCGCACGCCGCGCUCGAGCGCCCCGCCGCCGCCGCGCUCGCCGCCGCCGCGCUGCUCGCGUUCGUCGCGCCGCUCGACAGCUAUUUCCGUCGACUGGCGGCGUGGCGCGGCUGGGCGCCGGCGGCGCGCGCGUCGCUGGCGGCGCUGCUGCUGCACUGGCUCGUCAACGUGCGCCUCGCCGCCGCGAGGCACACGCUCUCCGAGGUCUCCGUCUUCACCAUCGGCGCGGACCUGCUGUCCACGAUAUGGUGGACGUUGGUGGCAGCACUGCCGCUCACUGUGCUGGUGGAGACCCCCACGCGGCGCAGCGCCACUCUUAGCGAGCACCUCCUCAUCUAUGCUGCUGUCCUAGUACACCACCACAAACUGUUACCAAGAUACCACCUCAUCGAUCACACUGACUGGACCAAGAUAUGCGUCGCCAUGUUGCGUGGAUCUCUACGUCAAUGCUACCAUCCGGCUACACACAUCACCACACAAGGAUCAUAUCCUGCGGUACAUUGCCGUAUUGCUUUACCUCCUCCAUUAACGCUGCCACCC